UUGAAACUUAACGUGGAAGAAAGUAGUUAGCGUCAACCGUCCCUCUCGGGCCUUCGUUCAGCACAGUUAGGAAAUACAUAAAGAAGAAACGCGUUUUGUCGUCCCUUUCUGAGCGUAACUCUUUGUUUCGGACUUGACCCCUAAAUUCGCGCCCAUUCCCACCACAUCACAUCCCUCUUUUCUAUAAAUUCCCAAUCCCUUUCCCAGUUUCCACCAAAACCUAAACCUAAACCUAAACCUAAACCUAAACAUAAACUGAAUUUCCCAAAUCCCCUUCCCAAUUUUCACCAAAACCUAAUACUCCCAAACCAAUCUUCGAUCAUGGCCGCCGAAUCACAACCUCAACUAAUCGAAGAGAGAAGAGAGGAGCAAGAACUUAAGUACCUGGAAUUUGUGCAAUUCGCGACCAUCCAGGCCCUGAUGCGCUGCGCCAUCCUCUACUCCUACGCCAAGGAGCGCGCGGGUCCUCUGAAGCCCGGCGUCAACACCGUCGAGGAGGCCGUGAAGACCGUCGUGGCUCCGGUCUACGACAGGUUCCACCUCGUCCCCGGCGAGGUCCUCAAAUACGCCGAUCGCAAGGUCGCCGAAUUGGACCGCCACGUUCCCUCCAACGUGAAGAAGGUCUCCUCCCAGGCCCGCUCCGUCGUCUCCGAAGUCCGCCGUGAUGGUGUCUCCGCCUACGCCAAAAUCGUUUACUCGAAGUAUGAGCCCACGGCGGAGCAGUGUGCCGUCUCCGCAUGGAGGAAGCUCAACCAGCUUCCGCUCUUCCCUCAGGUUGCCAAUGUCGUGUUGCCCAAGGCUGCCUACUGCACUGAGAAGUACAAUGAGGCGGUUGUUUCCUCUGCUGAGAAAGGUUAUAGGGUUUCUGCUUAUCUUCCUUUGGUGCCUACUGAGAAGAUCGCCAAAGUCUUCGGUGGAAACUGAUCUCGUUCUAUUGCGUUUUUUAAUUUCUAUUUUUCUUACUUUCUUUACAUACAAAGGUGGUGUUGCUAGUUACUACUACUGUGUUAGUGUGAGUUGGAUUCGAUAUUUGAUAAUGUGAAUGUUCUGUUUUGUUAAUUUACAAUAUCAUAAUAUAAAAUAAUUUCUCUCAA